ACUGAGUCAUCUGUGCAGUGGGAGUGUUUAUCAAGCCCAUCGUUCUGUGCAGAGAACCUCAUGUUCCUCUUAUCACGGCCGAGGCAGUGAGACCCGGAGCCAGGCUGCUGCUGCUGCUGCUGCUCCUGCUGGUCACCAGCAGGUGGCGUGCUGGGAUUUAUUUCCUCCCAGGCCUCAGCCUCCUGAAUGCAAUUUAAGCAAACAACUUACUAAUUGAUGCAAACUGGACCACUGACUUCCCAAAUAUGACAGUGUUUUGCUGCUAGUUGGGAUUUUUGUUUGACAAGUUAGCUGAUUAUACCAAAGGAAAAAAGGUGAACCUUGUACUUUCUACCUAACCUGCAAGGAGUCGAGACUCAAUUGCAAAACCUCCCCAAAGGCCCAAUUGUACUUUUAUUAAUCUUUGGGCACCAUUUAACUAGAGUCUUGGAACUUUUUCACAGAUCCACAGACAUCUCCAGUCCAGUUCAGGCUGUGUAAAAACAUCCUGGUAGUCUUCCACAUUGCCAGUCGGUGGCACUGGAGAGCUAACAAGUCAUCCCAGGGAACAAAGGAGUAAACAACUUUGUUUUUCAGACCAGACUUGAUUUUUUGUAUUGAAUGAAAAGAGUAACACAGCUUAGAAGUGAAGGAGUGUUUGUUUAGUGUAUUGAUCGCUGCAGAGUUUGGAAGAGAAAUCAGUUCUGCUCAGAAUUGGCUUUGUUUGCAAAUGUUGGAAGUGAAUUUGAUGUGUUCAUAAAAGGCUGAAUGGGUGCAAUGAUUCAUGCAAGUGAUUUAGUUGGUCCAAAAGUUUUAUUUGGAGACGUGUAGUUUCCCUGUGUGCUAUGCCUUUAUUAUCAAAGAAAGAAUGACUGCAGUUGUUUUUCAUAUGAGCAUUUGGUGGCAUAAGUUGCAGGCAUUUGUGCCUAGCUGUGUGUUUUCCAUGUGUGCAGCGUCCAGGCAGUGCAACAGUACAGUAUGUUCAAAGCGACAUGGAAGAAGUGGAGUAAACAGCUUUGGUCCAGAGUGAAACUAUUUUCCUCUGAGCUGUGCAGGGCGGAUCUCUGCCAGACGGAGGCAUGCUCAGUAAGCCUGUUUUCUUCUAAGAACCUGUAACCAUCAAUCAUCACCAAGGCCUGUUUUCCUCACUGCUGCCUCCACACCCAGUCUGCAUGUUUAUUGUGCUGCCUUCAGAGUAGAUCAGGAAAUAUAGGUGUUUGAAAGAGCUGCACAUAAGUAACCUAACUUGUAAAUUGGACUGAGGAAUGACAUGACGGCCCUAGUUGUCAAGGUGUGACUCUCAGGUGGGUGGUCGUCAUAAACGUUGAAACUAGUGGCUUUCACUUUUGGUAAUGUUGGCAUCAUGUGGUGGUUUUGUUCUCAGACAUUGUCCAGACUUGUUCUGGUGGGGUUUUUUUUAGCUGUUGUCUCCUCCUACACCAACCUCAACCUACAUAUACAGAACAAAGGUGAUAAUUGAAGUUUGAUCAGUUAAUAAAGUGAAACUUAUUGUUUUCUUGAUGAGAAUCUUCUACUGAACCACCCAAAAACUAAUUUUGUAACAGCAGUGGGCUCAAACUCUAGUGUUUGUUGUAAACAGGAACUCAAAUAUCUUAAAUUUGUUUCCAUCUGAAACCUUCCUGAUAAGAUCUGUUAUUAGCUUUGGCCAAAUAAAGUAGUCAAAUGCAGCCACAUGUCUUACUUACAGCUGUAGUACUGAUAAGUCGGUGCCAAGGAGGAGCUCUUGAACGCAGCACCUCAACCCUCUCCCGAGGCCUUACAUAAUAAAUUCAGAGUCCCGCCCACUUUCUCAGCCUCCAAAUAGGGCUGCAGUCUGAAAGAGCCCAACAGUUUGAGCUUUAAACAACAAGUGAACAAAAGACAUCUGAAGCUCCACUUCAGCUCACUUCAGAUACUGCGGGACCGAGAAUAAAGGACUCACUCAUAUUUGAGAGGACUCGCAUAUAAAAAACCCACAAAGAUGAUUUUCGACAAGUUGAAAAAGUUUGACAUCGUCUUCGACUCUCCGGAGGUGGACUGUCCUCCGGUGUUCAGCAGCGGGGACGUGGUGUCCGGUCGGGUGGUGCUGGACCUGUCCGAUGAGAGUCGGGUGUACUCCCUGAAGCUCCACGCCGAGGGAUUCGCUAAAGUGCAUUGGACCGAGUCUCGGUCCGCCGGCUCCAGCACCGCAUACACCCAGAACUACAGCGACGAAGUGGAGUACCUGAACCGCAGAGAGGUGCUGCUGCAGGCAGAUAAUGGUGAAGUGACCCACCUUCCUGCUGGCAGACAUGAAUUUCCAUUCAGCUUCCAGCUACCUGAGGAGACUCUGGUCACCUCCUUCGAGGGCAAACACGGCAGCAUCCGCUACUGGGUCAAAGUGAAGCUCCACAGGCCGUGGGCCACCGUCAAGAAGAUCAAGAAGGAGUUUACAGUCAUCGAGCCCAUUGACAUCAACACACCAGCCCUACUGGCACCACAGGCCGGAACGAGGGACAAGAUGGCACGGGCGUGGUACCGCAACUUCGGACAGGUGUCUGUAACAGCAAAGAUUGACCGCAAAGGCUACACACCAGGUGAGGUGAUACCUGUCUUUGCGGAGUUCGACAACUCUACCUCCAGAUCAGUGGUGCCCAAAGCCUAUAUCACUCAGACACAGACAUUCAUCGCCCGCGGCACCAUGAAGCAGAAGCGCUCGGUGGUGGGCACACUGUGCGGUGAUAUUGUGGGCGCCAGAUGCAGGGAGACGUGGCACGGUCGAGCCAUCAAGAUCCCACCUGUGGGUCCCUCCAUCCUGCAGUGCCGCAUCAUCAAAGUGGAGUACAUGCUCAAGGUUUGUGUUGAUGUUCCUGGGACGUCCAAGCUGUGCCUAGAGCUGCCGCUGGUCAUCGGCACCAUCCCCCUCCAUCCCUUCGGCAGCCGAACCUCCAGCGUCAGCAGCCAGUACAGCGUCAACCUGGAGUGGCUGCGCAUGGCCAUCCCCGAGCAGCCUGAGCCUCCUCCAGAAUACAGCUCCGUGGUGACAGAGGAGGAGGCUGAGCAGCGCAACAACGCGGCGGUCCCACAACCUGCCGAAGACCUGAGUGGGAUCCUGGAGCGCCCCCUCAUGGCUUUUGUCCAAGAGUUUCGCUUCCGACCUCCGCCUGUGUACAGCGAGAUUGACCCCAACCCUCAGCCCCUCAACAUGAGACCUCGCUGCAUGACGUGUUGAACCAUGAGCCCUGCCUGAGCGUCAAGCAACUUAAGUUAAUGAAACAAAUCAAGAGAUUUGUCUUCUCCUGGAUUACUUCUCUCUGAAAAAUGGUGCCUGGUCCCACCAAGUGUCGUGGAGGGGGACUGGAGCGCCACGCAGAGGCCAGGAGACGGAGCUCACAGGAACUGGAUGUCAGUGGAGGCCACUCCAUAAAGUAAAGUGGACGCUUUCCUGUUCUGUUGCGAGGAAAGUAACUUCUCCACAUCAGUUCCUGUCCUCCCCAAGUGAUCUUUGGCUCCUGGUAAAGCGAGCUACAAAUGCCUCCCAAUUAAGGAUUCCCUCAACUGAAUUUUGAGAUUUAAGGAGUUUGGGACACAUUUGGGGUAAAAGAUCACUUGAUAUUUGUCAGGUGGAGGAGUUGGAGUUGCACCUGGUGUUCAAAUGUUUGAAAAAAAAAAAGAAGCGCUCUUGAGAAGUUGACAUAUGUUUAGAAGCAUAUUGUCCCCUUUGAGUGGCGUAAAGAGAAAAGUGCAAUUAUUGUCCUCAGUUUCCAACUCCCCUUGUACUGACAACACAGUAGAUUUUAACAACCUACAUUGCUAUGCAUUGUUUGUCUGUGAUGAUUUCUACUGUUACUUAAGCACAUACUGUAUUUGAAGGUGUGACAGCGGAACAGACAAGUCAAGUAAGCAAAUGUAGAUGUAUUUUAUGCAUGUAGGUCACAAUAUGUAAAAGGGAAAAAUACGUAUGCCUUAAUAAUCUGCUGUUGAAGAUUGCAUGAGAGUGUCAGGGAGUCGUUCUCUCAUAGAGAUGAAUAGAGGAGAAUGUAUUCUGAGAGGACUUUUAGAACAAUAACGGUUGAAUUGUAUGUGGAUGAAUUCCAAGAGAAGUGUUGUGUUAAUGCAAGGCUUAAGGCACUGAAGUGUUGGAUAGCUGUGGUUGCUGAUUUUAGCACAGUGAUUAAACAGGAUGAGCAGUUUGUGUAUAAAGCUGCACAUAGAUUAGCUCUCCCAGCUGCUAAACAAAAGGAGGAGGAGGUGACGGAGACCUCUGAGCCAUGUGGCCUGAAGCUUUUGAUGGGAGCCAGAUGCCCCGGUGCUGUGGGGCGCUUUGUGAAGCUCAAACCCCGAACACACUGCUCAGCGUUUAAGUCGAGCCUCAAGCCGGAGAUGCCACUGAAAUAUAUGGACAAAGAACAUUCCAAAUAAACUGACUCGAGGAUUAGUUUCUCCUCAACUUCCAAAAAAAACUGUUAGGAGUAUGACAGAAGUCUUCAGGGUCAGCUGUGCAACUUUGGUGGCACGCACUGAAAAUAUAACGAAUGUAUUUUUAUACAAAUGCAAUUGUUUGUUCACAAUAUUGCCAAAGUUUUGUAAUUGUUUUUCUAAUAAACCAAAAAUUUGAAAUUA